GCAAAGGAGGCAGAGGGAGAGAAAGAAAAUGUCAGCUUAACCAUCUCAGUGCCCGAGGUGAAACUCACUCCAGGACUGACUCGACUCAUUUUAAACUUCAAAUUUCUCAAACUGUUUAAAACAUCCUUCCCCACCCAAAGUAUUUUUUUUAGAAACUGCCUCGAAAAUUGUAACCUCUGAUGAUUUCUCACAACCUUUCCCCCUCCCAGUGUCCCUGCAGAUAAUAGGAAUCAAAUGGAAUUAAGUGAGUUUUUUUUCCCUGCUUUUGAAAGGGGCGCGGAUUUGGAAGACACGUCACCAGCUGAAACAGACUCUCACUUUCUCUCGCUUUGCUGCCUCUUUCUAUUUGCAAUUUUGUUUUGGGGAGGUGGGGGCGGAGAUGUGUUGGAUUUGUAAGAAGGAGUUGUGAGGGGAAAGCAGCCCCCUCCCGACCCCCAUCAUCUACACCACCUUCCAAAACAAAAAAAAAACCCCACACAAGUUGCAAGUUCUUCUCCAGUGUUAGAAGGACAGAGUUGUGGGGGGUGUCGGUGUGUCCCCUGUGUGAAGGAUGCAUUGGUGGCUGUGGUCCGCAGCGUUUCGACCAGACUCGAUUCGACUUCACAGCCGUGGACAUGGAACACCUCGGCCACUUCACCCCACAGGACUGACAGAGCAAUCGGAUCGAUUCUAAUCGACUCGUUUGAGAUUCAGGACUCCGAGGAAGCUCCACGCUAAAGCGAGUCUGUAUUUUCUAUCUGAUAUACACAUCCAAAAGCCAAGCCUCGUUUGCUGUUAGAACAACUCCCAGACGGGACACCGUUCCUGUUCAGAAAGACUGUGUCUGUUGGAAACAUGCACUGGAAACGGAGGCUACCAUUCCUUACACCUCCCAGGGAUGUUAUGAAGGAAAAGUUACUUUGAGAGAGAGCGAGGUCAGUUCGUCGCCCGUUCCUUCAGUCAAACAAGACUCAGCAGGCAACAGUUUGCUGUUUACAGAUGUCUCGGGGUUGGUCUAAAUGCUUUCACCUUUUAAUUGCAUCGUUUCUGGGAGGCAUGGAGCAGUGUUGUGUGUGAAGGAGCCUCUCCUCCCUCCUGAGCUUUCUGGACGAAAGCUGUAGAAGCGCCUUUGGGACUCUGCUGUUCAGCACCUGCUUACCCAGGGUCUCACGCUUUGGAUGUGUCCCCUCUGAUGUCUCAGUUAGAAUGUGUGGAUCCAAACGCUGCCUGGUUUUGCACAAGGUCUGUGAGGUGAGCACAGUAAUGGUCACCUUCCUUUACGCGAUGGUCAUUUUGUAUGUUGGAAGCUUGAAGGCCGCCCCAUUGCAAUCGAACAGCACGGCGCAAGGCCAGGGAGCCCUGGGUGAGGCGCUGGCCCGUGACCUGCGACUCAGCGAGGACGAGACAGACGGCGACAGCUACUCCCUGGACGACGUGCUGGGCGAGGUGGCGACCCUUGGGCCCGAGGCCUCGGGGAAGGAGUGGGACCUGUACUCUCCGCGGGUGACCUUGGCCGCCCAGCCUCCUGGCGUCCCACCUCUGCUCUUCAUCAUGGAGGAGACGCUGGGCCGGGCAGAGAUGGCGAACCGGACGGUGCGGCUGAAGCGGCAGGCCCCGAGCCCGGGCGCCGGGGGUGUUGACCCUUCCCGGAGGGGUGACCUGUCGGUGUGUGACAGCGUCAGUCGCUGGGUAACGGACCGCCGGGCGGCAGUAGACGUCCACGGUAAGACGGUCACCGUCAUGAUCGACGUGCCUACCUCCACUGGGCCCCUCAAGCAAUACUUCUACGAGACGAAAUGCAAUGAGCGAUCCUCAACGGCACAGGGUGGGUGCAGGGGUGUCGACAAGAGACACUGGAUCUCCGAGUGCAAGACCAAACAGUCUUACGUCCGUGCCCUCACCAUGGACACUCAAAAACGGGCGGGUUGGCGCUGGAUACGCAUUAACACCUCUUGCGUUUGCACAUUAAUUAACCGGACUGGCAGAAUAUGACCGAGCCUUACCCCCGCUCCUGUCUAUCCCCUUCCCCCUCGUCUAUUGGUGUUAUCUAUGUGUUUUUUUUGUAAAUAUAUAAAAUAUAUAAAUUAUUUCACUUAAGUUUAUGGAUUGCAUGUACAAAAACAAACCCGAAAAGGACCUUUAUACUUUGAACGAUUGUAUUUAUUAAUCCUGAAUUUGCAUAUUGCGACUGUUGUAUUAACUUAUUGUAUCUGAAAUAUAUUGUUCUUGGGGAAACCGCAACGUGCGAUCACAGGCGCUUUCAGUUUUUCAGGGAGCCAACGCAGUCAGACGCGUCAAAAACCCGAAAGAGCGGCGGAAAUCAGAAACAAUAUCAGAAACUGCCGGAAAAGCUCAGCAGGUCUAACAGCAUCUCUCGAGAGAAAUCAGAUUGACAUUUUGGGUCCAGUGACCCUUCGUCAAGAAGGAGACAGACUGAGAGGUUGGCAGGCAAGAUGUAGAGGGCUGCGGGCGAUCCAGGGGCAGAUGGGAUUGGAUUAGGAGGGCAUCAAACAGGCACGGUGGACCAAAGGUACUGUCCUGUCCCGUCCCGGGGUCACAAUGUCAGCAGGAGAGAUUUUGCCAGAUCUAUUUGCCUUGAGGGUGAAUCAUAGAAUCCCCACAAUGUAGAAGCAGGUCAUUCGGCCCCUUGAACCUAUACCAACCAUCCAAAGACCAUUGCCCCCAGACUCACCUGAUCCCUGCCCCUUGUAUUUCCCAUGGACAAUCUACCUAUCCUGCACAUCACUGGACACUAUGAGCAAUUUAUCAAGGCUAAAUCUCCUCACUUCACAUCUUUAGACUGUUGGAGAAAACCCACGCAGACACGGGGAGAAUGUGCAAACUCCAAACAGUCACCAGA